AAACGCUGUUUGAAGAUUCCGCUAGAUCUAUUAACGCCGUGAGUUAAAGUUACGGAUACCAAGGCACAUGAAAAUCCCGUAACAGGGAUUUUAGAUGAGACGGAGUUGAUGGUCCAAUAGAGAAGGCGAUAUGAGCCGUUGGAUUAAUGAUUAACGGUUAGGAAUUCUGGGUGCUGAACCUUUGUGGUAACGGAGGGUGAGAGGAAGUAUAAGAGUUGGUUUUGAAAGCGGAAGAAAGCAUUUCGUUUUAUCAGAAGAACAACAAACAGCCUUCCUGUUACUCUCUCUGCUAGUUUCUUUUUAUUUUCUUCCUCUUUCUCGACAACCAAACAGAAAAUUCCUAAGGAAAAACUAAAAACUGAUGAUAGUUUGAUGAAUAAAUGUUGAGGAUCUAAAUUCUAAACCAAGCGAGCGAGACGCAGAAAGAGAGAGGAGAGAAGACUAUGAGGAUUUGUUAGAUACAAUUGAAGAGAUUUGAGAAACCUUUUGCUGGUUCUAAUAACUGAUCGUGAAGAUUUAUUUUCUUUUAUUGAAAUUUCUGGAAUCUAUGCAUUUCGAACAAAGAAGAGCUACCUUCAGAAGAAAUUUUGACUGAAUUCAUCUGCAAGCAGGCAGAUCAGUUGCUGACAUAUUAAAAGAUUAGAAUCUUACAUCAUAUGAGAGUCGGAAGAAAGGGCUUCAAAUGUCAUUAUUUCGUUGAAAAUCUGUAGUAGAUUUGUGUUUAUACCAAGGGACUAGAAGAAGCAAAGUUGUAACGGCAGAGCCUGAGUAAUUCAGGUGUGCGGAAAAGGAUGGAAAAGGACUCGUUAAGGAGCAAUAACAAUGGUAAUAACACCAACUACAGCAGAGAGAGAAACGGAGGCGACGGGGGAUUGUUAAGAUCCCGCUCAGAUCCGGCCAAGCAAACGGCAUCGUCGUCUGAUUUUGUCUUGCAGUGGGGAAACCGGAAGCGUCUCAGGUGUAUGAAGAUCCAGGUCAAAGACGAUCAGUCCGGCCCGGUUCACCGAACCACGGUUCGAGUCGAUCGCCGAGUCUUGAGGGUCGACAAGGACUCUUCAAAUCGACCAAGCAAUAAUAACAAUCACGGGAAUGGAUAUUUUAACCUCCGUCAACGGCCUGCUUCACCUCAGGCUCCACCUCAGCGCGUUCUCAGGAACUCUGAGAAUUCCAGUGCUAUGAGAGGUCAAAUCAACGGUGGUGUCAGGGGAUUCGCUUCACCAGACAAUAACAACCACCAUCACAGCAACAAGGAUAACAACCACAACAACAACAAAUCAGCGGCAUCUUCGGAGACGGCUUACGAUAGCAAAAAGGGUGGCUCGUCUUCUGGGAGCGGUGAGGCAGCUCCACCCGUUUGGCCACCGAAAUUCGUGAUUGCUUUAACGAAUAAAGAGAAAGAAGAAGAUUUCAUGGCCAUUAAAGGAUCUAAGCUGCCACAAAGACCCAAAAAGCGGGCCAAGUGUAUUCAACGUACCCUCAAUGGAAUAGACGAGGCACAACAUUUUAGAGUAGGGGAGAGUCGUUGUGAAUUACGUCAAAUAAAUGAAUAAGGGCUUGGUUUGCUUUUCUUAUUUUUUUUAUUUAUGCCCACUUGCAAUUUGCUACUAAAAAACAAGAAAAAGAAAUAGAAAAAGACGCAGGGAGAAGUGGGCAAAGCGACAGUAAGUGAAACGUAAUAGUGGACGUGUAGUCAUAGGGUGGACGAGCACCUGAUUAGAAUGACCUAUGUUUGUUAUUGGCCCACUGGAAACCAUGUGACUGUGAGGCUGUGACCUAGAUACUGUUGUGCGUUGUGCCCUUCUUGUGUUCCGUUAUUGACUAUUGAUAUGCUGUAAUUGCGAAUUGCACGCCGACCAUCUAGAUUGAUUUUUUUUUUUUUGCAUUAAGAAAAAGAAAGAAAAUACUGAUUCUUUGUUAUUUAAUUGUUGCAGUGAAAAGGCUGUAAAAUAAGUAGUAUUCUAAGUUAAUUUCUUUUAUCCAAAAUUUGAAAUUUGAAAAGUAUAAUAUAAUGAGUGUCCUUGGAUAAAAUUUUUCAACCAGACAGUUUUUUUUUUUUUAAAUAAUACCGCCUGUAAAUAGUUGUGCAGGAGUCAGCGUAUUUUUAUUAGCUGUCCUGAUAUAAUUUAACUUUCACUGCUUUUUUUUACUAUUUUUCAUGUGCUCUUUUAGAUUUUUCAAAUGAUAAAUAACUGCAGUGAUAAAACUUGUUAAAUAUUACCAAUAGCAGUCGCAUGAUUUCACGAUAAAAUGCUGGAAUUUUUACUUCUCAUCAAUCAGAUUCUUCAACGGCUUCAAAUGUAGAAAGUUGUCGAAUGUCAAAAGUGAAAUAACUUUUCUUUUGCACUUAUUGAAA